AUGCAAAACAUAUUAACUCAAUAAUCGCAGUUUUUUGAAUUGCUAGACAAAUAAGUUGAUGCUUACAAAACCCUUUUGGAUUAGCUCAAUACAAGUUAGGAUAAAUUCAAUAAUCUUCUUACAGACUAUUUACAUAAAUUUCAAUCAAUUAAUAAUAGACUGCUUUCCUAAGGAAGACCUGAGGUUUCUCUCUCAUAAAUCCAAAUUAAACGAAAUGAUGAAUUAUUCACUAACUCCUAAUUAAAUAUAUCCUUCAAUCUAAGAUCUUUACUGGAUAAGUCAUACAAGUACAAGUUAACACUAGCGGAUCCUCUUGAAACCCCACUUUAUAGAGAUCGUAUCUUUCAAUUAAGAGUUGAGCUCAAAAAUAAGAAUGGGGAAUUGGUCCGCAAUCUUAAUAAAAUCGAAUUGGUUGUUGCAAUCUAUUCUUAAGAACAGUAUCCAAAAGAAAUCAAAGUCAACAACAAGGGUGAAUAGAUAUUGAAAGGUCAUUUGUGUGUACCAUUAAUUAAAGGCACAGCUUUCUUUACUAGAGUGUAAAUUAGAGAAGUAUCUUCACACUACCAAAACGGAGGAAUAAUUCUUGCAAUAUUGCCUCAAUUCAAACACAAUGAUGAACCGAUUAAUGGUCGUGACAUUUAACCACUCAUAGUUGAGAACAUCAAAGUUAAGGCUAAAAAGUUUUCAGAGCGUCAUAUACCAGUCUAUGUUAAUUAAUGA